AUGGCCGCAAUUUCACCAGAACAACUAGCGCAAAUUACUGCCGCCGUUGCUGCUGCAUUUCUACAAAUUGACCAGACUAGAGCUACGCCGUUAACAACACCGUCAGUAAAUCCAAACAUCCCCCCAUUCGAGCAGUAUGACGCCAAGAAGGAAGACUUCAAGUUAUACAGGGAACGAUUCGAAAAUUACUUGCGCAUGAAGGAAGUGUUUGAUAACAAGACCAAGUCCGCUUGCCUACUUCUAGGGUCUAUUGGAGCGACACACUACCAGACAAUAAAUGCCUUAGUAGCGCCACAAAAGCCAUCCGAACUAUCAUACGAUGAGCUGAUUACCCAUUUAGAGAAACAUUUGUCACCUGAGCGGAACAUGCUCGUGGCCCAACACUAUUUUUUAUCAACUUACCAGUCUGGAAAACAGAGCAUCAGUGAAUACGUUACUGAACUGAAGAAAAAUUUAGGGGCAUGCAACUUCCUGGCAAAGUGUCAAUGUACUCAAGAGGUUUCAACAGCGGAACAAUUUUUAAGAGCGCAGUUUAUUCGAGGGUUGAAAGAUACCUGGAUCACCGAGCAGUUACUCCAGUCAAACCUCACAGAAUUUAACGAAAUCGUGAAAAAGGCAAUAGCUUUAGAAGCAGCUCGAACUGAUAGUCAAAAUUUAGCGAAAACUUCAACUCCAUCAACAAAUACAUCAAUAAAUAGUGUGAUUCCGAGCAGAGAAGGACAAUUUACGAAACGUCAGAGCCAAAAUUCUAAGCACAAUCGAAAGCCGGAUCAUAAUCGUCAUAGGUCAUCAUCACGCAACUAUCGACAACAGUCACACCAAAAUCGUAAUUCUUCACGAGGCCGGGUAAACUACCGUGAGUUAGGAAUUGACAAUAUGUGCUUAUUCUGUGGUCGUGACAACCAUACGUCAAAAGACUGUCGUGUACAACAAACAAACUUAAAGUGUACCGGUUGUGGCAAACAAGGACAUGUUGCGAAUGUUUGCAUUUCAACGUUAAUCAAAUCAAAACGUGAUAGUAGUGCACAUAAUACUACCUACAACAUUGAUAAUUUCAGUGUGAAUCGUAUUGAAGAUGUAUAUUCAUCCGAAGGAGACGAUACCCGUAAAUACUACACAUUCAUCAAUGUCGAAGGACAAGCAAUUCAAUUUGAGGUCGACUCCGGAGCGGGAUUCACGUUACUUCCAAAAGACCUUUUCGAUAAACUUAACUGCAAGCAAAAACUGAAACCGUCUAACCUAACAUUUCGUACUUACACACGUCAAACCUUUCAACCACAUGGGAAAGUACAAGUAAUGGUUCAAUACCACAAUUAUCAAAAUCCCACAUUAGAGGAUCUAUACGUAGUGCCUGAGGGGUAUGAUCCAUUAGUAGGUCGCGAAUGGAUUCGCCAUCUAAACAUUCAAUUACAGGAAAUCGAUAAACAGACCAGUAAAAAAUUAACACAAAUCCAUAGUGAUUACAUAAAUUCAAUUGAGUCGGUGCGUGAACAAUUUCCCAAUAUCUUCGAACAAAAAGUGGGAUGCGUUCCGAAUGUAGUGAUUAAGUUAGCGCUUCGCGAUAAUGUCAAACCUGUGUACACACGAGAACGGAGUGUUGCAUAUGCGUUACGCGAUAAAGUUAGUCACGAAUUAGAAAUGUUAGAAUCUGCCGGAAUUAUAAGUAAAUGUGAUGUAAGUGACUGGGGUUCACCACUUGUGGUGGUACAAAAACCACAAGGAGGAGUGCGGCUUUGUGUCGAUUAUAAAGUUGCCGUAAAUGACAGUUUAGUGAACGUGAACUACCCCAUUAAGCGCGUAGACGAAGUCCUUAACAGUUUGCGGGAUUCGUCUUACUUCUGUAGACUCGACCUUUAUAAGGCAUAUUUACAUUUACGUGUAGACAAAGACAGCAGUGUAAUACAAACUAUGUCUACCCACCAGGGGACAUAUCAUGUAAAUCGUUUGAGUUUCGGAAUUAAAACGGCUCCAGCUAAGUUUAACCGAGUCAUUGAUCAGAUUCUACGGGACUGUCCAAAAACAACCUCAUAUUUUGACGACAUAAUUGUGCAUGGUAACUGUUACAAAGAAUGCUACAGCAAUUUAAUUAAAUGCUUAACCAAAUUGCAAGAAAACGAUCUUCACCUGAACGAGGCAAAGUGCAGUUUUUUUCAGAACGAAAUCGAGUAUCUAGGAUACAUCAUAAGAAAAAACACCAUUGCAAAGUCACCCGAUAAGGUAAAAGCCAUAUUGAACAUGCCUAAUCCGAAAAGUGUUGCAGAUGUCCGGCGAUUUCUCGGCAUGAUAACUUAUUACGCAAGAUUACUCCCAAAUCUAUCGAGCAUGACUGCACCUUUACGAAAAUUAUUACAACACGAUAAUCAGUUCUUGUGGAAUCAAGAGUGCAACCAAGCAUUCAGCAAUUUGAAAAUGGAAAUUGCCAGUGACCGAGUUGUUGUACCGUAUGACCCCGAGCAACCAGUUUUAUUAACCACCGAUGCCAGUCCAUAUGGAAUUGCAGCUGUGUUAUCCCAUUCUACAGCCAACGAUGAACGUCCAAUUGCAUUUGCGUCCCGAUCCUUAACCAGGGCCGAGCAGAAUUAUUCCCAGCUCGAUCGAGAAGCAUUGGCGAUCGUUUAUGGUGUUAGUCAUUUUCAACCGACAAUCAACCUUUAG